AUGCCGCAACUCUCAUUCAAAGGCCAGACAGUGAUCGUUACUGGUGCAGGAGGAGGUCUUGGCAAGGCCUACUCGCUGCUCUUUGCGGCCAAAGGCGCGAACGUCGUCGUCAACGACUUCAACAAGGACGCGGCACAGAAGGUCGUGGAUGAGAUCACGAAAGACGGAGGCAAGGCUGUCGUGAACAACUCUUCAGCAACCGAUGGCGAAGCGGUCAUUAAGACCGCCCUCGAUGCGUUCGGUAACGUCACUAUCCUCAUCAACAAUGCCGGUAUCCUACGGGACAAGGGCUUCAAGAACAUGUCCGACCAGGAAUGGGAUCAGAUCAUGGCCGUGCACUUGAAGGGCUCCUAUGCUUGCGCUAAGGCUGCGUGGCCCCACUUCCAGAAGCAGGGCUUCGGUCGCAUAGUGAACACCGCCAGUGCAGCAGGCUUGUACGGCAACUUUGGACAGGCCAACUACAGUGCUGCAAAGAUGGCUCUGGUUGGUUUCACGAAAGCACUCGCUGCAGAGGGUGCCCGGUAUAACAUUAGAGCAACAGUGAUCGCUCCCAUGGCGGCUUCUGCAAUGACAGAAACCAUCAUGCCGCCAGAAAUGCUGGCGAACUUGAAGCCCGAGUUCGUCGCGCCGUUUGUUCUUGCCAUCACCCAUCCAGACGCGCCGGACGCGAGCGGCAAGAUCUUCGAGGUCGGCGCGGGCUUCAUCGCGGAGAUCCGGUGGGAGCGCAGCAAGGGCGCGGUGUUCAAGACGGACAAGACGUUUACGCCCUCUGCCGUCCAAGAGAAGUGGGAACAAAUCACAGACUUCGAAACUGAUCCAGAACACCCACAGGGUCUCCCUGAUUUCGAUAUCAAGGCUAAAAUCGCGGAGUCCUCGAAAGUCACCGAGAACCCGCAAGCAUCGCAAGAAGUCCGCUUCGACGGGAAGACUGUCAUCGUCACUGGUGCCGGGUCCGGGCUCGGGCGCGCAUACGCACUGCUGUACGCGCGUCUCGGCGCGAACGUCGUCGUGAACGAUGUCAACGGCAAGGCUGCCCAAGCCAUCGUCGACGAGAUCACGAAGGCUGGAGGGAAGGCCGUCGCCGCGGUGACGUCCGCCGAGGACGGCGAGGGCAUCGUGAAGACCGCGCUGGACAAGUUUGGGGGCGCACACGUCCUUGUGGCGAACGCCGGCCUCGCACGCCCGAGCGCGUUUGAGAAGCUGUCCGAGAAGGACUGGGACGAGGUCCUUGCGGUCCACCUCAGGUCUACGUAUAAGUGCGCGAAGGCCCUCUGGCCCAUCUUCCUCAAGCAGAAGUAUGGUCGCAUCGUCACCAUGGGUUCCCAGUCCGGUCUUUAUGGUUUGCCUGGCCUUGUGAACUAUUCCACCGCGAAGGCCGGUAUCCUCGGGUUCACCAAGACGCUGGCCAUCGAGGGAAAGAAGUACAACAUCUUUGCGAACGUUGUCAUCCCUUCCGCGGGUGCCGCUGCAGGGCUUGGUCGAGCCGGCCAUCACAUAGAGGCAGUCAAGGAGGAGUACAUCGCACCCCUCGUUGGCUACCUCAGCAGCGAUGCGAACGACGAGACGACUGGUGGCAUCUUCCAGAUCGCAGGUGGUUGGAUUGCGCAGAUCCAGUGGCAGCGUGCUGGUGGGCACGGCUUCCCCGUCAACAAGCCGUUGCAGCCUGAAGACAUCAUUGCAAAGUGGAAGGUCCUCACUGACUUCGACGACGGCCGCGCCACGAACCCUGCGAGCACCCAGGAGGCGUUCAUGCAGAUCGCCGAGAACUUCGGCAACGUCGACGAGAACGCCGCGAGCGGCUCAGACCCAGGCUCCCCCGACAGUCCCUACGCGGACCCCGAGGAUUCAGAGGUCGUCGCGGAGGCGAAGAAGGAGGUGCCGGAGCCUGUCGAGUACAGCUACACAGAGCGCGACGUCAUCCUGUACAAUCUCGGCAUCGGCGCGACCGAGCAGGAGCUGCAGUGGACGUACGAGAACCACGAGGACUUCGCCGCGCUGCCGACGUUCGGCGUCAUCCCCCAGUUCCAGGCGAGCGCGGGCCUCUCGUUCGACUUCCUGCCCAACUUCAACCCGGCGAAGCUGCUCCAUGGCGAGCAGUACCUGUCCAUCAAGGCACCUAUCCCGACUAGCGGCGAGCUCGUCAACGAGGCCAGGCUAGUGGAGGUUCUGGACAAGGGCAAGGCCGCUGCCGUCACCGCCAUCGUCGUAACAAAGGACAAGCACACGGGCAAGGUCAUCUUCGAGAACCAGUCCACCAUGUUCAUCCGUGGCUCGGGCGGCUUUGGGGGCAAGCGGACAGGCAAGGACCGCGGCGCGGCGUCCGCAGAGAAUCCCAUUCCUAAGCGGAAGCCGGACGCGGUGGUCGAAGAGAAGACACUCCCUAUCCAGGCUGCGUUGUACCGCCUGAGCGGCGACUCAAACCCCCUCCACAUCCUCCCCGAAUUCGCCGCCGUCGGUGGGUUCGACAAGCCUAUUCUGCACGGACUCUGCUCUAUGGGCAUCUCGGGCAAGCACGUUCUCAAGUCCUUCGGCGAGUUCACGGACAUCAAAGUGCGAUUCGCGGGCGUAGUCUAUCCGGGAGAGACUCUCGUGACCGAGAUGUGGAAAGAAGGCGAUAAGGUUAUCUUUACCACCAAGGUUAAGGAACGUCAGACGACGGUUCUCGCAGCAGCAGCGGCAACGCUCGCCAACCCGGACACCCCACUAAAGGCGAAGCUUUGA